UUCUUCCAACAAACAAACGUUAUUGUCGGAACGAGACAACAAACACAGUCACACUCACACCGGACUACAGCUACUACAUCACCCUUCUCUCUCUCUCUCUCUCUCUAACCAUGGCAGACUAUGAAAACCACCACCACCAUCAACACCAACAACAAGUAGUUUCAAGAGAAACAGCUUUUCAAGCACUAAACACAAUCAUCCAGCUCCAUUUUGAGAAAACCCUUGAAAAGAAAAGAGCCAUUGACCUUCAAAAAAAGGAACUUCACAAACUCUUCCAAAUCUUCUUCAUCUUUCUUUCUUUAGUUUUCAUGGCACAAUCAAUGUCACCUCGUCUUCAAUGUCGCCAUUGUUGGAUCCCAAUAACACUUCUUUCCAUGGCACAUCUUAUCUUCUAUGUCUCAGUAGCACAAACUCUUAGAUGCAUUAAUGGAUUCAAGUAUCAGAGAAGGUGUCAUAAGCUUACACUUGGUUUAGCAACUGAGAAGCUUAGGGAUAUGAAGAUGAGGUUGAGUAGUGGUGGUGGUGGUGCUGAUUAUGAUGCUGUUGGUGAUGAAGAAUUUGAGAUUCAUUAUCAAGAACCUCCUGAGAGUUAUUUUGGUAAGUUUAAGAGAAAUUGGGCUCUUCAUUUUGGGUUUUUGAUCUUGAUCUAUGGUUUCAUGAUCUCUUCCUCUGUUGUUCUUCUCUGUUUUUAAGGUUUACCAUUUUGGGUUGUUUUAGUUCAAUUUAGUGUGUGUGUUUAGUUCAAUAUAGAUAUGUCAAAAUCACAAUGAUCUACCGUAAUUUAACAGAAGCUACACUCUGUAGCUUCAGUAAAUUUCCGGUAGGUCGUCGUAAUUCUGGCAUACUCAACGUGAUACCAAACAUAGGCUUAAAUGCUUUGUAACGUUAUGAUAUUUUGUUAGAGAAAGAGUUAUGAUUAAUAGUAGCAGCAAUAGCUUGUUUUUGUUUGUAUGUAUAAAAUUGAAUGAUUGAUUUCCACUUGUUCAUUCAAGUGUCCAUUCUGAAAUGAAAAUCUGUCUUGUAGAA